AACGAUGCUACCCUUCCCCUCUCAUCCUAGUCAAAAGCCCCUCUUCUUCCCCUCUCAUCCUAGUCACAAGCCCCUCUUCUUUUGCCCUGAACAUUGGGUUUAAUUUAAUGUUAUUACUGUACAAAAACUGGACUUAAUGAAAUACUGUUUGUAAUAAAAUGAAAAUCAUACAUUUGCGCUGUACAGACUUUCAGACCUAUGAUGAGCAGAGACUCUUUUUCUACUGCUGAUUUUCUCGAUUUGGUUUCCAAGCAACCUGGUCUCCCAAACGAUGUAAAAGUAUUGAUUUCUGAAAGGUACAGUGUGGGGUGUAGGUCAUGAGCACCAAUGAGCCUUUGUGUGUAUAUAUAUUUUUUUUAAACUGGGGAUAUUGCAACAUAACAUCUUGAUUGCUGUGAACACCAACACAUUCACAUGAACACAUGCACAAAACGUGAGAAGGCUUAUUACUGUGGUCAGAAAAUGAAUUCAUUUUGCCUCAUAUUAAAGAAUUACACAAGAUUUCACAAGUUCACUUAUUUUUCUCUAAAGGUUGAGAUUUGGGGGAGGGGGGGGGGGAACAAGUGGCAAUAUAUCUUGAGACUUAUUUUAUAAAAAAAAAACAAGGAAAGCUUGUAUUUUAUAUAUAGAUAUUAUUUAAUUUUAUUUUUUGAAAAUAAAACUUGAAGCUACAGGAAUUAGAUUAAACUUUUUUGUAUUGAAGAUGUAAUGGUGAUGUAAAAUGACACUGCGGUCAUUCAUAGCCCUCUUUGGGGCUGUUUGAGUAUAUCAUGCCAUUUUGAUGAAAUGUACACUUGUAUACAUACUGAAUCACUGUACAAACCAUGGCAACUGAACAACUUUUGUUUUGCUUUUUUUCUGCCUAACGAAACUGGAAUUAAGACUGUGUUUAGUGUUCAAAUGGAAUCUUUGACCACUUUUCUGUUAAAAUACUUUGGUGCUUGCUGAGAGGAAGCAAAAAAUAAACUGUUGCUCCAUUUUCAUUAAUUUCUUAAGUUAUUUUGGUCUUUUUUUUUGCCAAUUUAAUUGUACAAUAAAGUAUGUUUGUACCAUUGGAAAAAUA